GAAAACACGGAGAGGGAGCCCGGCCGGGACAGGAAGAGGCGGGGGACCGCGGCGGAGGUGGUGCAGAGUAAGAAAAUUGAAGUCAAAGACCAUGGGAGAUGCAGCAAAACCUUAUUUUGUGAAACGUGCUAAAGACCGAGGGACUGUAGAUGAUGAGGAUUUCAGAAGGGGUCACCCCCAACAAGAUUAUUUAAUAAUGGAUGAUUAUGCUAAAGGCCAUAGCAGUAAAAUGGAAAAAGGCCUUCCAAAAAAAAAAACACCAGGGAACUAUGGGAAUACCCCCAGAAAAGGACCAUAUGCUGUUUCCAACAAUCCCUAUGCAUUUAAAAACCCAAUUUACAGUCAACCUGCUUGGAUAAAUGACAACCACAAAGAUCAGAGUAAGAGAUGGCUCUCUGAUGAACUUGCUGGUAAUUCAGACAGUUGGAGGGAUUUUAAACCUGGACCUAGAAUUCCUGUUAUAAACCGACCAAGAAAAGACUCCUUUCAGGAAAGUGAGGAUGGAUAUAGGUGGCAAGAUGGAAGAGGCUACAGAACUGUAAGACGACUACUUCAUAAAGACUUGACAAGCCUAGAAACCAUGUCAGAAAUGGAAGCAGGAAGCCCUGAAAACAAGAAGCAGAGGUCCAGACCUCGGAAGCCACGUAGGACUAGAAAUGAGGAAAAUGAGCAGGACGGAGACUUGGAAGGCCCCGUGAUUGACGAGUCUGUGCUUUCAACGAAGGAGCUCCUGGGCUUACAGCAGGCAGAGGAGCGAUUAAAAAGAGACUUCAUUGACAGGCUAAAAAGGCGACCAAGAAACUACCCUACAGCUAAGUACACCUGCAAACUUUGUGAUGUUUUAAUUGAAUCCAUUGCAUUUGCCCAUAAGCAUAUCAAAGAGAAGAGGCACAAGAAGAACAUUAAGGAGAAGCAAGAGGAAGAGUUGCUUACUACGUUACCCCUGCCUACACCCUCCCAGAUAAAUGCAAUUGGUAUUGCCAUUGACAGAGUGGUACAGGAGUUUGGCUUACACAAUGAGAACUUGGAACAGAGACUAGAAAUUAAACGUAUCAUGGAAAAUGUGUUCCAACACAAGUUACCAGAUUGUUCUCUGAGAUUAUAUGGGUCAUCCUGUAGCAGAUUGGGUUUCAAAAAUUCAGAUGUAAAUAUUGACAUUCAAUUUCCAGCCAUUAUGUCUCAGCCAGAUGUUCUCUUACUUGUUCAAGAAUGCUUGAAGAACAGUGACUUUUUUAUUGAUGUUGAUGCAGACUUCCACGCUAGGGUGCCAGUGGUGGUGUGCAGAGAAAAGCAAAGUGGUCUUCUUUGUAAAGUGAGUGCAGGAAAUGAAAAUGCUUGUUUGACGACAAACCAUUUAACUGCCCUUGGAAAACUUGAAUCAAAGCUGGUUCCUUUGGUGAUUGCCUUUAGGUACUGGGCAAAGCUUUGCAGUAUAGAUUGCCCUGAAGAAGGAGGUUUGCCGCCUUAUGUGUUUGCCCUGAUGGCCAUUUUCUUUCUUCAACAAAGGAAAGAACCGCUUCUCCCCGUUUAUCUAGGAUCAUGGAUCGAAGGAUUCUCGUUAAACAAACUAGGGAACUUCAACCUUAAAGAUGUUCAAAAAGACACCGUGGUCUGGGAAUACACUGACAAUGCCGCCGGGGAUGCAGACACACCAAAAGAAGUACCUGUUAAAAGGGGACAGGUAUCAUUAAUAUUUGAUUUCAAGCACGUCCCGUCAGUUCCAGUUGGGCAGCUCUGGGUGGAAAUGCUUCGAUUCUAUGCCUUAGAAUUUAAUUUGGCUGAUUUAGUGAUCAGUAUUCGUGUCAAAGAAUCUGUAUCUCGGGAAUCAAAGGAUUGGCCCAAAAAGCGCAUUGCCAUUGAAGAUCCCUACUCUGUUAAAAGAAAUGUGGCAAGGACUCUAAAUAAUCAACCCGUGUUUGAAUAUAUACUUCAUUGUUUAAGGACAACGUAUAAGUAUUUUGCUCUUCCACACAAAAUUACAAAAUCCAGCCUUCCAAAGCCUCUGAGUACUGUCACAUGUCUUUCUGAACAUUCUAAAGAGGUAGCCAAGCAUGACCCGGCUGCACAAGCAAAAGAUGAUAAACUCAAAAGCUCAGUUUUGGCUCAGGGGCCAGGUGCUGCCAGUUCAACUGCAGAUACCUGCAUGGUACAGCCACUGACUCUUAAAGAGACUGCUGAAAGCUUUGGAAGCCCCCCAACGGAGGAAAUGGGAAAUGCGCAUGUCAGUGUCCACCUGGAAAACCCAGACUGUUUCAAGGCAGGGGCCAGUUGUGAUGAGUAUGAGGAUAUUAAAGGACACCCUCAAGAAACAGGAAGUGAAAUUGGGAGAGAGGGCAGGCGUCCUUUGACUGCCGAUGAUCAGGGUUUAAGGAGCAGCAGACAUCGAGAGCUUGUCAUCUGUGGCAGCACACAAAAUAAUGAGACAGAGAGCACUUUGGAUUUAGAGAGCUUCCAAAAUCCUGCAGCCAAAGAGUGUGAUGGAUUCACUACUUCAGAGGACAAGGCUGACGUUGACGAAGAAGGCGUGGAAGGUGCUAAUGAUCUUGAAGAUGCUCUAAGCCACUUCAGCCCUUCAAGACAGGGCCACACAUCAGGAAUCAUUCAUUCCGAUGAAGAGGAGGAGGAGGAGGAAGAGGAGGAUGACGAAGAACCCAGGCUGUCCGUUACCCGAAGGGAAGAUGAGGAUGACUUGGCUAAUGAAGAGGAGUUAGAAAAUACGUACCCGGGGUCAGGGGACGAGGAUGCCCUGUCUGAGGAGGAGGAUGAAGUGGGAGGGUCUGCUAAGUACAAAGACUUGAGAGAAGGUGGGACACCUGCAGAUGGGGCUCUACUAAUGGAAUUUAAUAAGAUCUGUCUUAAAGAAGAAAGUGCAUGCAAGGAAAGCUCAACUGUGGAUCAGUCUGAUUUCUUCUAUGAAUUUAGUAAACUCACGUUCACCAAAGGCAAGUCUCCGACGGUUGUGUGCAGCUUAUGCAAACGAGAAGGUCAUCUCAAGAAGGACUGUCCUGAAGACUUCAAAAGAAUUCAACUGGAACCUUUGCCACCACUGACACCCAAAUUUUCAAAUAUCUUAGAUCAAGUUUGCAUCCAGUGUUAUAAGGAUUUUUCUCCAACUAUUUUAGAAGAUCAAGCUCGUGAACAUAUUCGUCAAAACCUAGAAAGUUUCAUAAGACAGGAGUUUCCAGGAACUAAAUUGAGCUUGUUUGGCUCCUCCAAAAAUGGAUUUGGGUUCAAACAGAGUGACCUUGACGUCUGUAUGACAAUUAAUGGACUUGAAACUGCAGAGGGGUUGGACUGUGUACGAACUAUUGAAGAAUUGGCAAGAGUCCUCAAAAAACAUUCAGGUCUGAGAAACAUCUUGCCUAUUACAACAGCAAAGGUGCCAAUUGUAAAGUUCUUCCAUUUGAGAAGUGGUUUGGAAGUGGACAUCAGUUUGUAUAACACACUGGCCCUUCAUAACACAAGGCUCUUAUCUGCUUAUUCAGCCGUUGAUCCCAGAGUGAAAUAUUUAUGCUAUACCAUGAAAGUAUUUACAAAGAUGUGUGAUAUUGGUGAUGCAUCUAGAGGCAGCUUAUCAUCAUACGCAUACACACUUAUGGUGCUAUAUUUUCUCCAGCAGAGGAAUCCACCAGUCAUUCCUGUCCUUCAAGAGAUAUACAAAGGUGAAAAGAAACCUGAAAUAUUUGUUGAUGGCUGGAAUAUUUAUUUUUUUGAUCAAAUAGAUGAACUGCCCAUCUAUUGGCCAGAAUAUGGGAAAAAUACAGAAUCUGUUGGGCAGCUGUGGUUGGGACUUCUUCGAUUCUACACAGAGGAAUUUGAUUUUAAAGAACAUGUUAUUAGCAUCAGGAGAAAAAGUCUGCUUACAACUUUUAAGAAACAGUGGACCUCAAAAUACAUUGUUAUUGAAGAUCCCUUUGAUUUGAAUCAUAAUCUUGGAGCUGGAUUAUCAAGGAAAAUGACAAAUUUUAUAAUGAAAGCAUUUAUUAAUGGUAGAAGAGUAUUUGGUAUUCCAGUCAAAGGAUUUCCAAAGGACUGCCCCUCAAAAAUGGAGUACUUUUUUGAUCCAGAAGUGCUAACUGAAGGAGAGCUGGCCCCAAAUGAUAGAUGUUGCCGAAUUUGUGGGAAAAUUGGACACUUCAUGAAGGACUGUCCUAUGAGGAGAAAAGUGAGGCGACGGCGUGAUCAGGAAGAUACCCUGAACCAAAGAUACCCUGAGAACAAAGAGAAGAGAAGCAAAGAGGACAAAGAAAUUCAGAACAAGUACACAGAGAGGGAGGUGUCGACAAAAGAAGAUAAGCCCAUGCAGUGCACACCUCAGAAAGCCAAGCCAGUGAGGGCAGCUGUCGACCUGGGCAGAGAGAAAAUUCUCAGGCCACCGGUGGAAAAAUGGAAGAGACAGGAUGACAAAGACUUAAGAGAAAAACGUUGUUUUAUUUGUGGAAGAGAAGGGCACAUUAAAAAGGAAUGCCCCCAAUUUAAAGGCUCUCCAGGUAGCCUUUCCAGUAAAUAUAUGACUCAGGGAAAAGCCUCAGCGAAGAGGACCCAGCAGGAAUCAUGA